AUGGCGACGGCGCUGCUGGGGCUUCCGCAGGGCCUCCUUGGCGGGUGCAUCGCCGCCGUGAACGCCGACAAGCAGCGCCGCCCGUACCACCGGAACUGCGGUUGCGCACUGCACGAUAAGUCUCGGCCGUGCCCCAAGGGAUCGCCGUGCAGGGCCCAGCUCUCUUAUCCCCUCUGCCGGGGAGCUUGCCGUCAGGGAAACCUGGUUGCGGCGGCGCCGGCCAGCGCCGGCGGAGGCGAUCUUCACAGGUCCUCGUCGGAAUCGGCGGGAAGACCUUUCAAGAAAACUCCUCAGUAG